AUGAACAGAUAUUACAAAAAUGUAAUUUUAUGUGGCGAGAUAGACUUCUAUUGCCUUCUUUGCGAGGAAUCUUUCGAACUUGCAGAACAAGUAGAAAGGCAUAUCCGAUGGGAACAACACAGGAAAAACAUAAAAAAUCUAUCUUACAUCCCAAAAUACAAAAAAGACUGUAUAUUUAUGAUUGGAAAGUACUACUAUUGUGAGAUUUGCAACUAUGUUACGACAUCAGUUAAACAAGUUAAAAAUCAUAUAAAUGACUCUACACAUUUGUUUCGUACGAAAAACCCUAUCAUAACCCAAAAAGCUAGUGACGUGACACGUAAUAAAAACGGCCUGAUAAAAUAUCAUAAUAUGAUUAUGAGCAAAUUUGAAUGGCAUGGCAUUGUUAAUAACCAUUGCUUUCUUUGUAACACAUCUGUGGAAAAUGUCGAACAUGUUAAGCAACGUGACCAUAUGAUUGCUUUGGUCCAAUCUGAAAUGAGAAAGGUUAAGGAAAACGAAUACAAUAGAAAGGUAAAAGCUUUUUAA